UAUCUUUGACAGUAUAAGAACAGUUAUUCUGACCUAGUGAGUAAUUGAACGACAAAUAACCCAGCAGAUCUUAUUGCUUGAUGUACUGCUGCACGUGAAUAAGUUCAAAACGUGAUGUUUGUUUUUGUAAUAUUUCUUUUUAUAGUUAUUCAAAUAACUUCCGCCCAAGUGCCUUAUUUCGGCCCAUGUCCCAAUAUCAAAACCGUUACCAAUUUUGACGUUAAAAGGUAUGCUGGAAAAUGGUACGAAGCUGAAAGAUAUUUUGCAGUUUUUGAAUUUGGAGGAAAAUGCGUAACAGCUGAUUACAACAUUGACAAUAAUGGUGCUCUAAAUAUUAUUAACCAGCAAAUUAGUACCUUUACUGGUAUUCAGAGCUUGAUUGAAGGAAAUGCCAAUCAAUUAUCAAGAUCGGAUGAGGCAAAAUUAAGUAUUAAUUUCCCGUCAUUACCAAUAAAUUUUGACGCGCCUUAUUGGGUAGUUGGAACAGAUUAUGAAACAUAUUCAGUCGUAUGGUCUUGUAGCAAUUUUGGAAUACUUAGUACACGCAAUGCCUGGAUUUUGACAAGAGAGAAACAACCAUCAUUAAAAAUAAUGGAGAAAGCAUAUAAAAUAUUGGAUAAGCAAGGUAUAUCCAGGGCGUAUUUUAUACGGACCGAUCAUAAAAACUGCCCAAAAGAAUACUAGAUUAUUAGUAGUAUUUUUUCUUUGCUAAUUUCUUAUUUUAGGUGCUUAAUUAUUAUUAUUCAAAUUGAACAUUGAUUUCAAUUGUAUAUUUUCUGUAGUUUUUGUAAACAGCUGCUGAAAAAAAUACACGAAGAAAUUACCAUAGAUUUCUUAAAAUCUAUGUAAAUUCCUAUACUUGUACAGUUGUUCUAAAAGUUUUAUUGAAAUGAAAAAUUACUGUAAAUUUCAAUAAACGGUGGCCAUUUUAAAAUGGACACCAAACAUUUUAAAUAUCCCUACAAAAAAGUCAAUAGAUCUAAGAUCAAAAGAAGGCACAAAUCAUCCAAUCCAUCCUCUUCUUCAAUAAUCGCUGCAGUAACAGGUCGUUUUUAGAAUUAGAAGAAUCGUUGAAGAAAGAGGGGUAUAAAAGAGGAGAGGAGGGGAUCAAUAGAUUUGCGAUAUUUACAAAAUUAACUAUAAAGAAUAUUACAGUGGUUUGCUUACGUAAAAAGAAUAGAAAAGCAAAAGACAGUAAAGAUAAUAACCUGGAGGUUACAAGAUGGUGAAAAGAGAUAUGUCGUAAAGGUGGAGAAAAAUGUACAAGGUUAGAGGAAUGAAGCC